AUUCAACGUAUUUCUUUGUUCACACACUAGCUUGAACAGCGCUGUGCAUUGGAAACUCUCUGAAAAACUAUCUAAAUCGAGCUACAACGGAAUAUUUUAUUUAAAAUAUCAACUUUUUAUUCUGAUUGCUAGAUUGUGAAGGUUUAAUUAACGUGUAUCAUUACUGAUAGCUGCUAUUUGUGUAAUUGCAGUAUGAACGCAGAGUUUUUCACCUUACAAGUAAAUAAAUUCGUUCAAAAAGGCCAUUACUGAUGGGCUUUCCUUUUCUAGAUAGAGGAGCAAAAUCUGGACACUGAAAUGAUUUGUUCUGACAUCCAACAAUGGGAAACUGAAGGAAAUAUUUCGGAUGCAGAGAUUCUUCGCUCUAAAAUACUGUCAUUUGUGGAAACUGAAGAGAGUGCGAGAGAAAGUUCUAAAGAGAUUCUAGUUAAAGAGUACAGGAAGAUAAUUCCACCGAUGCUAAUUUAUUGCUUCUUCGAAGAUAAGUCAAAAAAUAAAAAAGCAAGAGGACUGUGGACACAAAGACCACAAGGGUGGCCAUCGAACGUUCCGUUUGAUGAUCCCAACAACGGACAUGAAAAGAACGAAUCAAAGAAAGCAGAAAAGCCGAAAAAAGACACACUUAUACAAAUGUACAACUUCCUUAAACAGAAGUUUAAGGAUAAAGAAAGCGGGCAAUAUCAAGAUAAUGUAACUUUUCAGGAACAAACUUAUCAAGAACAAACUUAUCAAUUGGUUUCCCAAAAGGAAAUAAACCCAGUAAAUAUUUUAUGGGAUAGUUCAGAGAGAUUAGAUAAAAAAUUAACUACCAUCAAAGACACUAUGUCGGACACUGUUUAUGAGACCUUAGAAAAGUGUAUAAAACUGUUUGCAUUUUGCCAUAAGCAUAUGAAUAAAGCCUCUGUGAUGAAGUUAGCUAGUGACUUGGAGUAUGAAAUCGAUUGUUACUACCACAGUAAACAAGACUCUGAAAUAAACAUUGAGCGAUGGAGCAAUAUAACGAACAAUGUAUUAGUAGAAAGUUCAUUCGCUCAGCAACAGAAUUCUCCAGAUUCUUCUUAUCAAAACGGUGUGCAUGAAACUCUUCCCCCUCAGCAAUUGGUAAAUUAUCAAGAAAUUCCAAAUCAUGCUUCAUAUUUCUAG